AGUGCGCGUACGGUAUCCUGUUCCAAACGACCUAAGAUACUCAGUGGAAAGGAACCUACACUGGUGGAGACGCAAGCGAUGUCGUUCGAAUGUUGCGCGUGCUUUAGGUUGUGAGCACAAACUUGGAUUACUGCAGUUUUCCCCACUUUGCGCUACGGGGACGUUUGAACAGUCAUUUUAAUCGGUCGUUUCACUGCAUCUACCCUACCAGAUGAUCUGGAACAGUUGGUUACUUAACUUGCUGUCCCCUGCAGAUGAAUAGAGUCCCGGCUCCAGGCCUGUGCAGAAGAGAGCACAGCUCCGCCUAUGGCUCCAGCAGCGUCGCUCCGGCCCGCCCCUCGACUGCUCCACCAGCUCUGCCUCCUGGGCGCCCUGCUCCUGCUGGCCGGGGGCGUGGCCAGCAGCAGCUACCCCGCCCAGCCGUCACCGUCGCCAUGUCACCGGGUCGAGCAUCCAGUCUUCUCCCACACAGAAAUUGAGCCGUGGAUCCAUAGGUUCAGAGCCGAGGGCACGACCGAUUACUCACAGCUGACCUUUGACCCUGGCCAGAAGGAGCUGAUUGUGGGAGCUAGAAAUCACCUCUUCAGGCUAUAUCUGGAGGACCUGUCACUGAUUCAGGGGGAGCAUUGGCAGAGUGAUGAGUUUACUAAAGCUGCCUGUUUCAGUCGUGGCAAGUCUGAGGAGGAGUGCCAGAACUACAUCCGUGUCCUUCUUGUUAAAGGCGACAGGUUGUUCACCUGUGGAACUAACGCAUUCACUCCUAUUUGCACAAAUCGCACGCUGACCAACCUGACGCAGGUCCACGAGCAGAUCAGCGGCAUGGCCCGCUGUCCCUACAGCCCCCGCCACAACUCCACCGUGCUCCUGACCGCCAGCGGCGAGCUGUACGCCGCCACCGCCAUGGACUUCUCCGGCCGCGACCCCGCCAUCUACCGCAGUCUGGGGGGCCUGCCCCCCCUGCGCACCGCCCAGUAUAACUCCAAGUGGCUGAAUGAGCCGAACUUCGUGUCCUCCUACGACAUCGGCAACUUCACCUACUUCCUGUUCCGGGAGAACGCGGUGGAGCAGGACUGCGGGCGGACGGUGUUCUCGCGUGUGGCCCGCGUGUGCAAGAACGACGUCGGGGGCCGCUUCCUGCUGGAGGACACCUGGACCACCUUCAUGAAGGCGCGGCUCAACUGCUCCCGCCCGGGCGACGUUCCCUUCUACUACAGCGAGCUGCAGGGCACCUUCCUCCUGCCCCGGCAGGAGCUGCUCUACACCAUCUUCACCACCAAUGUGAACAGUGUUGCGGCUUCAGCUGUCUGUGUGUUCAACCUGAGCGCCAUCAACCAGGUGUUCCGGGGGCCCUUCAGGUACCAGGAAAACUCCCGUUCGGCCUGGCUGCCCUACCCCAACCCCAACCCCGACUUCCAGCGUGGCACCAUAGAUUACGGCUCCUACAUCAAUCUGACUGAGAGGAACCUGCAGGAUGCCCAGAAGUUCCUCCUGAUGCACGAGGUGGUGCAGCCGGCCACGCCCACGCCGCGCUACCUGGAGGACAGCGUGCGCUUCUCUCACAUGGUGGUGGACGUGGUGCAGGGUAGAGACAAGGUCUUCCACGUCAUCUACCUGGCAACAGAUCACGGAACCAUUAGGAAGGUCCUGGCUCCGCUGAACCGCUCUCUUAGCAGCUGUGUGCUGGACGAGAUCGAGCUCUUCCCCCCGAGGAAGUCUCAGCCAAUCAGAAGCCUCCUGAUCCAGCCCAAACGCAGCGUUCUGUUUGUGGGGGUCCAGGAUCAGGUGAUCAGGGUCCAGCUGAAGCGCUGCGGCUUCCACAAGACGAGAGAGGCAUGUGUGGAGGCCAGAGAUCCCUAUUGCGGUUGGGACCUGGGGCAGAAGAGGUGCACCACCUUGGAUGAGAAUCAUAGCAUUAGCCAAUGGGAGCAGAGCAUCACGGAGUGUCCUAGGAAGAAUGUGACCGUGGAUGGAAGGUUCGGGCUGUGGUCUGGGUGGCGGUCCUGUAGUCAUAGCGACGAGGGCGUGGCUGGGUCCUGCCUGUGCAGAACCCGGUCCUGCGACAGCCCCAGUCCGCAGUGCGGCGGUCGGACCUGCAUGGGUUUGAGCGUCGAAGUCACCAACUGCUCCAGAAAUGGCGCCUGGACUCUGUGGUCGCCCUGGGCGCCCUGCAGCACGAGCUGCGGCAUCGGCUUCCAGGUCCGCCAGCGCGCCUGCAGCAGCCCCGCCCCUCUCCACGGGGGACGAGUGUGCGUGGGCCAGAGCCGCGAGGAGAGGUACUGCAACGAGCACCUUCCCUGCCCUCCGCAUGUUUACUGGUCAGGCUGGUCGCCAUGGGAACGCUGUUCGGUGCCCUGCGGAGGAGGGGUGCAGUCGCGGCGUCGGGCCUGUGAGAAUGGGAACGAGUGUCCCGGCUGUGGCCUGGAGUUCCAGUCCUGUAACAGUUUCCCCUGCCCGGACCUGAAGAAGACCACGCCCUGGACUCCCUGGGCUCCAGUGAACAUCUCUGACCACGGCGGCCAUUACGAGCAGCGUUUCCGCUACACCUGCAAGGCCAGUGUGCCGGACCCUUCCCUGCUGGAGGUGGGCCGCCAGAGGAUUGAGAUGCGCUACUGUUCCAACGACGGAUCCACAGGAUGCUCUACUGAUGGAGACCUCCUGCGGUCCAGCCGGAUCACGUCCCCCAUGGUCAACGGCGGGUGGUCGCCCUGGGGCUCCUGGGCCCAGUGCAGCCGGGACUGCGGGCGUGGCAUUCGGAACCGAAAACGCGUCUGCAGCAGCCCCGAGGCCAGAUACGGGGGUAUUCCCUGCCUGGGGCCAGCUCUGGAGUACCAGGAGUGCAACAUCAAUCCCUGCCCAGUGGAUGGUGGCUGGUCGUGCUGGUCUCCCUGGUCUAGGUGCUCCCUGCCGUGUGGAGGGGGACACUACACGCGCACACGGACCUGCAGCAGCCCCCCUGCUGCCUACGGUGGAGACAUCUGCCUGGGUCUGCACACUGAGGAAGCCCUGUGCAACACCCAGCCCUGUCCAGAGAGCUGGUCGCCAUGGUCACGCUGGUCCCAGUGUGAGCCCACUGGCGUGCAGGUCCGUGUUCGCCACUGCAACAUCCUCUUCCCCACUGGCAGCCAGUGCACAGGGAACAGCACAGAGACCCGGGCCUGCACCUACGACUCCAACCUGAUCCCAGAAUCCAUUGCACAGUCCAGUCUGGAAAAGAGACGAUGUGAAGCUGAUUUUAACUGGUUCCACAUGCUGGCCGUGGGUCUGAGUAGCAGCAUCCUGGGCUGUCUGUCCACCCUGCUGGUCUACACCUACUGCCAGCGCUAUCAGCAGCAAUCCCACGAUGCAACGGUCAUCCACCCCGUGACUGCCACCCCGCUCAACACCAGUGUCACCAACCACAUCAACAAGCUGGAUAAGUAUGACUCUGUGGAGGCCAUGAAGCCUGAUGUGUCCGUUCUGUUGCCCCCGGAUGACCACAGCAUGCGCCCUCCUUUGGCCUCUAAAAUUGGGACGUCCAGUGGCCGGGAGAUUUUCUACUACUAACUACUGACCCCUGUCUGACCUCUUCCGUAUUCCGUCCCCCCCUCCCCGAGAGCUUCUGAUUGGCUGCAGAUUUUCAAUAAAAACAACUUGAUUUUAGAGGAGCGGAAUAAGUACUUCAGUCCCCGCCUGGCCACGAAGACUUACGCUAACGCCUACUUCACAGACCUGAACACCUAUGAUGAUUAGCGUUGGGCUUCCGGUGGUAGGCUGUCCAUCCUGAUGACAUCACCCUCUGUGCUGAGUCAAGGAGCUUUUUCACUCAGUGAUUUGCAUUGACAUUUUCGCCUUUUUCUAUGGACCUCAUUGUGGUUACUUCACUACUAGCCCUCAAACAGAAAAGCUCCAAGCCAGCCAAAGGACAUCAGUGGUUUGUCAGGUGUCUGGGAGAAAACACAAUUUCAGUGACUCUUCUCAGCUCUGAAAAUGCUGCAGUGAAGGCCUGUUGGGGGUAGGAGGGGUGACUUUUUGAAAAAUAUGUUUUUGUUGAAAAUAAAGAGCAAGUAAACACUCUAUCAGUCAGAAACCCUGUGGAGAGAGAGGGUACUGGAUGACUGCAUGACUUCACUGAAUAUGCUGCCUGUUGCCUCAUGUCUGCAUGGUCACUUCAUCCCAAAGGCAUUGGGCCUUUGCUGGGUUCUGAGGGUAAACAGAGAGAGAAAAGAUCUGAAUGAAAAUAAAUUGUCCUUCAAAAAACAAGGGAUAUGCCUAACCUGUGCAAGAAUGUGUUGUCCUUCUAAUUGGUCCCAGCAAGCACAAUGAAGGCAUGAGUAACCUUGUUCAAGGAUGUGACAUCCCAAUUAAACAUCAUGCGGGGUGAGAGUUAUCAGAGUUACCGGAACCCUACACGCAGCUUGGACUCCAUUGAGUUCGGUAGGGCUGGAGGUAUGAUUAGGGCUUGUUAUGGCAGUAGGGGAAUGGCUACGAAGAUCACAUCUGCUGAAAGGAAGCAUUUUGACGAGCCUGCCAUUUCUUCUGGCAGAUCUGUCUGUCUGUCUGCCACCAUUCUUCUGACCAGCAGAGUGUGGACUGAUAUGUGUGCCUGCUGUCCAGGGCUGCCCAUCCGGAGUUAGACAGCUGAGGUGUGGAUGGGCCUCUGGAAAUAUGUAUUCAUGUUUUCUAAAUGCCUUUGUUGGAAAUUGUCAAAAUAUCAUUGUGAAAGUGUGCAGCGAAUCCAUGGUCAACCAUAUGCCUUUGUAGUUUAUUAUUGUUUGGGUUAGCACAGUGCAGCAAAAGGCCCAAAUUCAGUCUAACCCUCCAUGUGCUUUUUGUCUUUAAAUUGGAAUAAUAAACUUGAAUGUUUGUUUGUAAUUUGAAAUAAAAUGUUUUAUUUUUUACUAUUACAGCUGCUGUGAGUUCGGUAGUUUAACAAUAUAAAUAUGGACAUUUAAAAAUAACACCUUAGUUGCAAGUAAAGAUGAGGACACAAUGAUUUGAGGUCACAGUUGAUUGAAUCUGGGCCUAGAUCUUUGGCAGUGUUUCAAGCUCAGAACAAAUGCAUGUUCUAUGUUGGCUGGUAACAGUGGACUUCUGUCUCGAUGUGCAAAGAUCAACCAUACCUUAGUGCUAAGAAAAAAUAAUUGAUAAGCAGCACGUGUUUUUUUUAAUACUUUGGGGGGGGG